AUGGCAGAAAUCAAAGAGUACACCCUGAAGGAGGUGACUGAGCACAACACUGAGAAAGACCUCUGGAUCAUCAUUGAUGGCAAUGUCUACGACAUUACUACAUAUACUCUGGACCACCCCGGCGGUGUAGAAUCUCUGGUAGAGGUAGCUGGACAAGACGCUACCACAGCCUUCGAAGAUGUUGGUCAUUCCGACGAGGCUAGAGAGAUCAUGGAGCCCUUUCUCAUUGGACGAUUGGAAGGCUUUACAAAGGCAGCUCGCAAGCAGGCAGUUCAGAUCGUCCGCAAGGAGCCAGCUCCCAGUCAAAGCAACGUGCCUAGUGUCAAAACUUUGAGUACGGUUGGAGCUGCAAGUCUGCUUGCUGGUACAGCUACUGCAGUUGCCUAUAAGUUUCAUGGCCACAUUCACAUUCCCGGAGCCGAGAAAUAUUUGCACAAGCUCAACCUCCACAAGCUCAACUUCUUGCAAUCCGACAAUGGUUUCCUCAAGGGCUUCUUACUGGCUAGUGUGUUCUCGGCAGCAUUUGGCGCAAGCUUCGCAUCUUAUAUCUCGAAGAUAACAACUAUUCCUGGUGGUUUUGGACGCACCCCGAUGUACAAGAAGGCUACCAAGUUGCCAACCAGACAUUACGUCGGUUUCCUAAAAUCUACAGAGUUCCAGCCAUUGCCCUUGAAGUCGAAGCAAAUUCUUCGCGGAACAGGGCUUGUUCGUUUGACUUUCGAACUCCCAACUCCGUUGACUAGACUUGGCCUGCCCAUUGGUCAGCACGUUGCCAUCCAGGCAAAGAUCGGAGAGCAAACAGUGACUCGUUCGUACACACCAACUUCGAACGACUCAGACCUUGGCGAACUGGUUCUCCUUAUCAGAGUUUAUGAUGAAGGUCUUUUGACUGGAAAAUACCUUUCGCAGCUCAAGGUUGGUGACCAAGUACUUUUCCGUGGUCCGAAGGGCGCCAUGAAGUACAAGAAGGGCUACGCUAAGAAGAUUGGCAUGGUUGCUGGCGGCACUGGAAUCACUCCUCACUACCAACUCAUCAGGAGUAUUUGCGAAGACAGAACCGACACCACAGAAGUCUCAUUAGUGUAUGCCAACCGCACCGAGGACGACAUCUUGCUCAGGUCAGAGUUGGAUGCGUGGGCCAAAGCAUACCCUAAGAAUCUCAAGGUGCACUACAUGCUCGACAACCCACCUGAAGGUUGGCAGUAUGGUAAAGGCUUCGUCAACAAGGAGAUUCUCGAAAAAUACAUGCCUGCUCCGUCAUCUGAUGGAUCUUCCAAGAUCCUACUUUGCGGUCCCCCUGGUAUGAUCAACGCCACGAAGAACAACUUGGUUGAAUUGGGUUGGAAAAAGCCUGGUGCAGUUGGCAAGAUGACCGAUGACAUUUUCACUUUCUAG